CGGGGAGGGUUUAAAUGGCACCCAGCAGUUGGCGUGAGGGGCUGCUGGAGCUUGGGGGCUGGUGGCAGGAACAAGCCUUUUCCGACCCCAUGGAGCUGUAUGAGACAUCCCCCUACUUCUACCAGGAACCCCGCUUCUAUGAUGGGGAAAACUACCUGCCUGUCCACCUCCAGGGCUUCGAACCACCAGGCUAUGAGCGGACGGAGCUCACCCUGAGCCCCGAGGCCCCAGGGCCCCUCGAGGACAAGGGGCUGGGGACCCCCGAGCACUGUCCAGGCCAGUGCCUGCCGUGGGCGUGUAAGGUGUGUAAGAGGAAGUCAGUGUCCGUGGACCGGCGGCGGGCGGCCACACUGAGGGAGAAGCGCAGGCUCAAGAAGGUGAAUGAGGCCUUCGAGGCCCUGAAGAGGAGCACCCUGCUCAACCCCAACCAGCGGCUGCCCAAGGUGGAGAUCCUGCGCAGUGCCAUCCAGUACAUCGAGCGCCUCCAGGCCCUGCUCAGCUCCCUCAACCAGGAGGAGCGUGACCUCCGCUACCGGGGCGGGGGCGGGCCCCAGCCAGGGGUGCCCAGCGAAUGCAGCUCUCACAGCGCCUCCUGCAGUCCAGAGUGGGGCAGUGCACUGGAGUUCAGCGCCAACCCAGGGGAUCAUCUGCUCACGGCUGACCCUACAGAUGCCCACAACCUGCACUCCCUCACCUCCAUCGUGGACAGCAUCACAGUGGAAGAUGUGUCUGUGGCCUUCCCAGAUGAAACCAUGCCCAACUGAGAUUGUCUUCCAAGCCGGGCAUCCUUGUGAGCCCCCCAAGCUGGCCACAGAUGCCACUACUUCUGUAGCAGGGGCCUCCUAAGCCAGGCUGCCCUGAUGCUAGGAAGCCAGCUCUGGGGUGCCAUAGGCCAGACUAUCCCCUUCCUCAUCCAUGUAAGGUUAAUCCACCCCCCAGCAAGGGACUGGACGCCCUCAUUCAGCUGCCUCCUUAGAGUAGAGGGCAUCCCCUUUCCAGGGAGGUAAAGCAGGGGACCAGAGCGCCCCCUCGUGUAUGCCCCAGCUCAGGGUGCAAACUCAGGAGCUUCCUUUUUAUCAUAACGCGGCCUCUAAUUCCACCCCCCAAGUGAAACAGUUUGAGAGACGCAGUGUCCUGACCUGGACAAGCUGUGCACGUCUCCUGUUCUGGUCUCUUCCCGAUGCCAGUGGCUGGGCUGGGCCUGCCCUGAAUUGAGAGAGAAGAAGGGGAGAGGAACAGCCCUCUGUUCCCAAGUCCCUGGGGGGCCAAACUUUUGCAGUGAAUAUUGGGAACCUUCCAGUGGUUUUAUGUUUUGUUUCGUUUCGUGUGUUGUUUGUAAAGCUGCCAUCCGACCAAGGUCUCCUGUGCUGAAGUUGCCGGGGACAGGCAGGGAAAAGGGGUUGGGGCCUCUUGGGGGUGAUUUCUUUUGUUAACAAAGCAUCGUGUGGUUUUGCCAUUGUUUUGUAUUUUUUUUUUUUUUUUUUGCUAACUUAUUUGGAUUUCCUUUUUUAAAAAAUGAAUAAAGACUGGUUGCCAGAA